AUGUAUAAACCAUAGAUGAUAGAAAAUGAGAAGGAUGUUGAUUGUUCCAUGAAACAUUAAACUCCAAUUAGUAUGGUAGUUCUAGAUCCUAAAGUUGAAAAAAAUAAAAGAUUCUUAUGCCAAAAAUGUCUUGAUUAUUUUGAAUCUGAUGUGAAGAUGAUUGGAUUUAAGAAACUUAUCUAAAUAAUCGAGGAGAAUAAGAAAAAAUAAUUAGAACAUUUGGAAAAUGCAAUUAAACCAAUGAUAUAAAAAGUGUAGUUAUUUUAAGGUCAUAUCCAUAAUUUGAAGUCAUAUAUUGUUUCAUAAUUAGAUCAAUUGAUUGAUAGCACACAAGAUUGGAUAACAAAUUUAUAAUCUAUAGGGUUAAAGUAUUCAGAUUAUAGUCUCUAUCAAGAAUUAGAUUUCAUGAUUAUGAAUUAAGAUUCAACUGAAAAUGAAUAGAUUAAUUAAGUAAAUUAAAUUAGAUUAUUAAAUGAUUCUUGGUCCGUGAAAAUUAAUAAUAAAUUAUAUUCAUUCACAUAAUUUUAAGAAUAUCAAAAAUGCCAACAAAUUUUAGAAGAAUUAUCAUCUCAAUUAUUAUAGAAAUUCAAUUUAAAUUAAAUUAAAUAAGAAAAUCAAGAAAAUACAUCAUUAGUAAGUAAUAAGAUAUAAUAAUAAUUAAAUCCAUAUCGAUCGUAAUUAAUGAACAAUUCAGUUGAAGAAGAUGAACUCUGUAAAACAAUAGUAUUCGACCCAACAGGGAAGAUUAUGAUUUCUGCUAGUUCAAAGAACAUUAAAAUAUGGAGUUUUGAAAAUGCAAACAUCAAAUUAAUACAAACACUUCAAGGACAUUAAAAGAACAUUAACUGUCUCGUCUUUAGUUAAAUUGAACAGUAUUUUAUUUCUGGAUCAGAAGAUCAUUCCAUUAUAUUUUGGAAAUGUUCAAAUAAUAAUGGAUGGUAAAGUUCUCAACCAUAUUGUGAACAUAAGGGUAUCGUAUAUUGUCUUAUCUUAACAUAAAUUGAGAAUUAAUUAAUCUCAGGUAGUGAAGAUAAAACAAUUAAAGUAUGGAUGAUAGAUUAUAAAAACCAUAAAUUAUAAUUCCUUUAUGCUUUAUAGAAACAUAAUAAACCGAUUUUGUCAUUAAGUUUAAAUGAAUCGGAAAGAGUUUUAGCUUCAGGAGUGUAAGAUUCAAUUAUAAUUUGGUAGAAAGGAGCAAAUAAUUAAUGGGUAUUUUCGUAUGAUAUUAAUUUGUCGAAACAAUAAUUUGGGAAGCAUAUUAAAUUUAUAGGUGAAGAGUAAUUCUUAUGGCUAAAUGACAGCAGUAAUAGUCUCUGUGUAUUUGAAAUUCAAGAUGGCUUUUAUUAAGAAAUUAUACAAAAGAGAGUAUUAUUAAAGAAAAUUUAUGAAGGCUAUGGAAACAUUCCACUUUUCCCAAUAAUUUAUAAUAAACUUAAGAAUUUAAUAUGCUUAAGACAUUAAUUAGACAUAUACAUAAUUAACAUAUAAUAUAAUGAUUAAUUGUCAAUUAUUGAGGAAUUAAAUUGCAAUGACUUUAUGAUAUAUGGAACAAUAACAAAUGAUGGAUAACAUUUAAUAUUUUGGAGUAAUACUAAAAAGAAAUACCAAAUACAUGAGAUAUAAUAUAAAUGA